AAGGUUACCGUAUACCGCGCGCUGACCAACAGCGCCGCCGCCGAUCCCUCCCAGCGAGUGGGCACGUGAGAUAACGUAGCCGUCGCCGUCGACCGUCUUACAGUCAGGCGCGACGGACGUCGGGGUACACGACUGCGCGACACACACACGGCGCGCGUUAUAGUUUAGUUUUUUUAUUAUUAUUAUUAUUAUUGUAAUAUUUACAUAAAUCGUUUGUUAUUGUUCGUCGUGAUUAUUUUGUUAUAGUCGUCGUGUUUUUAAGUCCAAACGACCGUCGCUCUCUGUUUUACAUACAAUAAUAACGUUAUACGGUCGAACGGCCUGCUUAUAUAAUAAUAAUAAUAAUAAUAAUAACAAUAAUAUCAGUUGUUGUUGUUGUUGUUAUCAACACGGUGGGACGGUAACUCACCGAAGUCAUUCCAUCUCGGCCGUGUUUUGUUUGGGUCGCCCAUUCGAUCGUUGUUUUUUUUUUUUUUUUUUUUUUUAUGUCGUCCAGCCGCUCUGGUUGACCGCCGACCGAGGCGUUUCCGCGAGAUCGACGUCCACGACCGCCCUGGCAUCGUACUCGUCGUUUCGACAUCCGUUCGACGGCAAGCGUCUCUCCGAGUUGCCGCCCUCGCGCCCUCCGACGGGGAGUGCUAUUAUGUGACAGCGGUCGCUGGGACAUGUCCGACGACAACAAGCGAUUACAAAAGCCCACCAAUGGAUUGGGCUGCCAUCAGGUGCACGGCGGUCACGCGACGUACGACGUUGGCAUUCCGUUGGAGGAGAGCAUGGACAUCAUCAAUCAACAGUGCCAAGAGAUUUACGAAUUGAGGACACAGUUGAACCUGGUGAUGAAUGAGAGGGACAUGUUGCUCAACGAAGUCGGCCGUCUCAAAUUUGAUAUGGAACUCUACGAUCAGCGCAUGAUGUCCCAGGACACCACCACCAGAGAAGACAAGUAUGAUAAAAGCAAUAAUCGAAAUUUUUUGAACCAAUGUGAACAAUAUAGUCAUUGGACUGGAACAAUGUCCAAAAAUAACAUGGUUCAACCAGAACCAUUUCAUACAUCUGCUUCGUAUGAGUUAUCACAAGAUUUGAUUGAAAAGCAGAUUGAGUUAUUAGAAAGAAAAUAUGGAGGCGACAAAGCCAGACAAGCUGCACUAGUCAUUCAACGAGCAUUCAGACAUUACAUGCUGGUUAAAAAAUUUGCUCACAUCACAGCAAUGGCAAAAGCUGAAAAACGACUUAGUAAACGAUUAGAAGAUACCCAAAGUUUACGAUCUCAUGAUAGUCAGUUGAGUGUAAGGUCAGGGUCAUUAAGAGAACGACGAUCAGGUUACUCACCGACCAAGUGUAACUCUCUGCCACGUUCUAGAUCUGGACGAUGUGAUUUAAAUUAUUAUUACAGCUUGGAAUCUUCAUGUUCUCAUUUCUACUCAAAUAAUUACUCUUAUAAUGAUAUGAAAGGAAACAAUAUCGGUACAAUGAACCCAGAGACAGGAUCUGAACAAUUUUUUUUCCAAGAUGAUAUCACUAGUCAAGUGGCACAUCAAAUGAUGCCAAACUUUUUAUGUGGAAACAGCCAUAACAAUAGUUCAGACACAUAUAGACAAGCACAUUCUGGUUCUGAUUGUAAUCAGUAUGGGAGCAGUAGCUCUUCAUCAUGUAUGUUUUCAGGGAGCUCAACGGGGUACCCUUCUAACAUUUCCAAAAAUAAAGUUCCUCCCGAAGUUCCAAAACGAACUUCAUCAAUAUCGUUUCGCUCUUUACGGGAACAGCAUCAAAACAUAGCAGCCGGUACACUGAACAAAAUGUCAGAUAGUGGUAGCUUAUCAAGUGUUCAAUCUUCUGGUAGCGAUGGUAGUCUUUCUAGUCAGUCACAUAAUUUAAAUCAAACAAAUUCUUCAGUUGACUCUUCCAUGUUGUCAAAUUCUAUAGUGUCUUGGAAUAAAAAAUCACAGAUUUCUGAUGUGAUUAGAAAACGUCAAUAUCGUAUUGGUCUCAAUCUCUUUAAUAAGAAACCUUCCAAAGGUAUUGUUUACCUUGUACGUAAAGGAUUCUUGGACAACGCCCCUCAUGCAGUUGCAAGGUUUUUAAUAUCUCGUAAAGGCUUAAGUAAACAAAUGAUUGGUGAAUAUUUAGGAGAUUUACAAAAUUCAUUUAACACUGCUGCCUUAGAGUAUUUUGCUCAAGAAAUUGAUCUCUCUGGUAUGCAAGUGGAUGUUGCUCUACGCAAGUUCCAAACUUAUUUCCGUAUGCCUGGCGAAGCACAAAAAAUCGAAAGAAUCAUUGAAGUUUUUAGCCAUAGAUAUUGCCACUGUAACAGAGAUGUUGUGGCAAGAUUGAGAAACUUGGACACUGUAUUCAUAUUGGCAUUUGCAAUUAUUAUGCUUAAUACUGAUUUGCACACUCCUAAUCUAAAACCAGAACGUCGAAUGAAAAUGAACGAUUUUAUAAAAAAUCUAAGAGGUAUUGAUGAUUGUUGUGAUAUUGAUCGAGAUAUGUUAGUUGGAAUUUAUGAGCGAAUUAAAGCAAAUGAAUUCAAACCUGGAUCAGAUCACGUUACUCAAGUGAUGAAGGUGCAAUCAACAAUAGUGGGCAAAAAACCAAAUUUAGCUUUGCCACAUCGUCGGUUAGUGUGCUAUUGCAGACUAUAUGAAGUAGCUGAUAUUUAUAAAAAAGAGCGACCUGGUGUUCACCAACGAGAGGUAUUCCUCUUUAACGAUCUUCUAGUCAUUACCAAAAUACUUUCAAAAAAGAAAAAUUCAGUAACCUAUACAUUUCGUCAAAGUUAUCCAUUAAAUGGUCUUACUGUUUCUUUAUUUCAAAUGCCAUAUUACCAAUUUGGAAUUAAACUUACUCAACGUUUAGACAACCGUCUAUUGAUAACAUUUAAUGCACGAAACGAUCAUGACCGUUGUAAAUUUGUGGAAGACAUUCGAGAAUCAAUAUGUGAAAUGGAUGAAAUGGAAAAUUUGAGAAUAGAGUCUGAACUCGAGCGUCACAGACAUGGUCAUAAUAAUCGAUCAGUUAAUAGCAAUUCGGAAAAUCGAGAUAGUGGAGUUGCUGAUAUUGAUCUGGGUCCAUUGCCCUCUCCGCCAGUGCGUAGUCCCAAACAACAUCCAGAUGAUACAUUUGAAAACGGCUCGCCUUCACAGCAGGCUACACCAAAACGAGCUGCAUUGACUGUUACUUGAUAAUAUAACUAAAUUUAUUUUUAACAUACUAAGAAACUUACUUUUAUAGAGCACCACCAUAUUUUUAUUUGUUUUUUUUUUUUAUUUAAUACACCUAUUUUAUUAUAUAAUAUAUUUUGUUCAUUAUUUUUUGGCAAUAAGUCAUCAGUAUUAAUAUUCUAUGACAAAUUAAUUAUUAUUACAUAGCUAAUAGUGUGGUGCAGACUUAGUCAACCGUAUAGCACAAUCAGUAAUGUAAUUACCAAAAUGUUGAGAAUGUUAUACCUUUUAUUAUACAUAUAUUUUAUACAGAUCUGUGCUCGAGUAAGAAUAUGACCAUUUGCACUUAUUGGCCAGCAAAAAAUAACUUUCUUUAUCCGUGCUCUGUCAUCAACACUAGUAUACAGAUCUCGCGUAAUUAUUAUUUACAUACUGUACAGUGUACACCAUGUUCAAGUAACACACAAUCUAUGACGGUGUUCUUAAACACGCGGCCUGCGAGCCCUCUCGAUGUGGCCCGUAAUGAGUAUUUGUUUCUUCAAACAUUUUGAUUUUGAUUUUGUUUAUUUUAGAUUUAGUAUUAAAAUAAGUAAACAAAAGUAUUUUGCCCGUUUACCUUUGAAAUCAAUAUAUAUAGCCCGUUGGUAAUUUGAGUUUGAUACCACUGAUCUAUGUGAAAUUGGUCGUGCAUAAUAAAAGUACAAAUGGACACUUGUCAUAUUCUUAUUCUAGUGUGAAUGUUAUCUAAAGAUUAAAAAACUUCAAUACAUUUUCUUUUAUUAAUAUUUAAAUCUGUAAUCAUUAAAUGUUUUACAGAUAUGAGGUAUGUGACUAUUUAUGCACCACACUGUAUAUUAAAUUAUACAAGUAUACACAACUUUUUUUUACUUGUGUUACAUUUUUAUAAAGUCAAAAUGUUUUAAUAUUUUUAACUAGAUUUGCCGUGUCCUUGCUUUUGAAUUAUAACCUUUAAAAACAUAUUUAUAACUAUUGUCUUUUAAUGUAACAAUUUUAUGUGUAAUUAUUUUUCUUUGUCAUUUGUAUUUAUAUAGUGAAAUGUCAAUAUUUUUGACAAUUUUUAAUAUAAACGUCAAAAUGGCUUAUUAUUGGA